AAUCACGAUGUAGACCCUGUUUACACAUUGUGAAUAUAUAUAGAGAAAGAUCAUUACAGAAUAUAAUGUGUGUAGGGCGACUAGAAGUACCGGCAGAAGUAAAAUAUUCGUCGGAGGACUCCCUCCUGAUGCAACAAAAGAAACUCUAACUGAUUAUUUUUCUCAAUUUGGAGAAGUGUCAGAAUCCAUUCUUAUGGUAGAUAACAUUACAAGAAGAUCCAGGGGGUUCGGAUUCGUGACUUUCUUGGAUGCAACAAUAGUUAAUAAAGUCCUGGGCCGUGUAAAACAUACCAUAAAUGCUAAAACUGUUGAUGUUAAAAAGGCUUCUCCACAAGUCCGUACUCAAGAGUCGAUACUUGAGGCUAUGGGUAUAACUUCAAAUCAAGCUGAUCGCAAUCUUGAUUGCAAAGUGUUUGUAGGGGGUGUGGCACAAGGUACCACUGAAUCAGAUUUAGAACAAUAUUUUCAAGAAUUUGGGAAGGUCCUUGAGGUAAAAAUACCUAAAGACCAAAACACUCAAAGAGCACGUGGUUUCUCAUUUGUACUUUUUGAAAAUGCCGAUUGUGUUAUAAAUGCUACUAAGGAACGCUUCCAUCGGAUUAAUGGAAAAAUGGUCGAAGUUAAAAGUACGGCAUAUUUAAGUACCGGCGAACACAAUAACCCUGCUGUUAACCCUUAUCUACAACAAAUGCAACACGGUGUGCCUUUAUCAAGCGUCUACGGUGGAGUACCUGGAGCACCCACACCAUCUGCUGUUGCGAAUUAUGGUGAAUUAUCUAGCUACGGAUCCUCGUCGUCAGGUAACCCUGCUGUUAAUCCUUACCUACAACAAAUGCAACACGGUGUACCUUUAUCAAGCGUCUACGGUGGAGUACCUGGAGCACCCACGUCAUCUACUGUUGCGAAUCACGGUGAAUUAUCUAGCUACGGAUCCUUGUCGUAUACAUAGCGUACAUAUUUCUUUUUUAAAUUAAAUUUUUUAUGAGAAUAAAAUAUAAAAUGAAA